GUAGAACUUUCACAAAAAAGCAAAGAAGUUACAAGAAGGCCCUGGGAAAACGCUAGAUUUUAUCCAUCCCCUUAUAUGCUGGUAUAAAUAUAGAAACAUCCUCCCACUUGUUUUAACCAUCACAAGCAUUUGAAAAAGCAAAUCCGGAUAAACACUCUUUUGAUCAGUUCUAAAUUUAACUCCGCCAAUUUUCUAAGCUUCAAGAUAAUCGUGUAAAAAUGUCGAUCAUUCCUAGCUUCUUUGGUGACCGACGAACCAAUGUGUUCGACCCUUUAUCAUUAGACAUCUGGGAUCCGUUCGAGAAAUGCCCUUUCUUAAAGAACGUGACGAGUUUCCCAAAUCCGUCGGAAGGUUCAUUUGCGACGGCCCGGAUUGACUGGAAGGAGACGCCGGAAGCCCACGUGUUUCAGGCUGAUCUUCCCGGGGUGAAGAAAGAGGAUGUGAAGAUGGAAGUUGAAGACGGCAAGGUGCUGAAGAUUAGCGGGGAGAGGAGCCGUGACGCGGCGGCAGCCGGAGGGGAGGAGAAGGACGUGGAGUGGCACCAUGUCGAGAGGGACGCCGGAAAGUUCCUUCGUCGGUUUAGGUUGCCGGAAAAUGCCAAGGUGGAUGAGAUGAAGGCGGUUAUGGAGAAUGGGGUGCUAACUGUAACUCUGCCUAAAGUGGAAGUGAAGAAGCCGCAAGUGAAAGCCAUAGAGAUCUCCGGCGCUUGAGCACAAUAUCGUUAUGUUUCUUCGGUUCCAAAAUACCAAAAUCAUUUUGGGACAGAACAAAUAUUUAAUUAAUAAAGGUUUGUUUUUAAUGUCUCAACUAAUAAAAAUAUGAAAUGUUCAACGAUUGUGCCUUUUUCUUUUGAGGAAGAACGAAGCAAAAUUAAGCAUGUAAAUUGUACAUUGUCAUUACUCAGUAUUAAUGGUUGUGUUGUGUAUUAUGCUUGUUUUGUCAGAGAUUUCAUGUUUAUUAUGAUUAAUUGUGUCACUUUGUAUUUGUAAAAUUAAAGGGUGUGCUCU